AUGCAACUGAAACCUAGGCAGUUCAUAACAGUUUUUUUCUCGAAGUUACUUUUGCAUAUCCAAAGCAAAUUCUGGUUGAGAGAAGAACAGGUGUGUGUCAGAAGGAGACGGGACGAGUUCGCAAACCGUAGCCGUGGCCAACUGGUCUUGACGCAGAAGGUCGGUCUUUUGGUAGCGACAGUAUUCUUAAAACUAGUGCCAUUCGAGAAAGGUUUCAAAACAUCCCAUGCUUUUGAGGAUGAAGUAGGAGCAUUUCCUCUAGCUCUAGCAAGGGAUUUAGUUUUUGUCAUUAUUAUUGAGAAUGUCGUAGAUUAUAUUAAAGAAAUCAUCACACUACAUAAUAAUGAAUGA